GAGCCUCCAGCCUCCAGCUGUCUGUCUAUGAAGAGUGACUGGUCUAAAGACAAACCUCCAGAGUUCAGUGCUGAACCUGGACCUUCAGCCACAAAGUAAGAGCUCUGUUAUACUGUCAGACUGAUGGAAUAUGAUGACAGGCAGAGAGCAGAGCCUCCAGCCUCCAGCUGUCUGUCUAUGAGGAGUGACUGGUCUAAAGACAAACCUCCAGAGUUCAGUGCUGAACCUGGACAUUCAGCCAGAAGAGACAGGAAGAGGAGCAGUGAGGCUGUGAAGGAGCAGCUGUCCUGCUGUGCUUUGUGUCAGGAGGUCCUGAGGGAUCCAGUCUCCACCAGCUGUGGACACUGGUUCUGCAGACAGUGCAUCACCUCAGACUGGGACCAGUCUGGUUCCUCAGGAGACUCUGCCUGUCCCCAGUGUGGAGAAAGAUCCAGAACAAGACCUGGACUGCAGACACCCAGUCAAACCAGCCCAGUGGACGGCGGUCUGCAGGAGGUUUUAGACGAGCAUAAGAUCAGUCUGAGGAGGAGAUGUGAAUUUGUGACAGAAGGAACUGCUGCAGCAGGAACUGGAACCCCCCUCAACAGGAUCUACACUGAGCUCUACAUCACACAGGGACGGAGGGAAGAGGUUAAUACCCAACAUGAGGUGUGGCAGCUGGAGACAACAUCCAAGAUGGAGACCCUCAGUGACACUCCAAUCAAGUGCCAGGACAUCUUUAAACCCUUACCUGGCCAACACACACACAUCAGAGUAGUUGUGACGCAGGGCGUUGCUGGCAUUGGAAAAACCUUCUCAGUGCAGAAGUUCACUCUGGACUGGGCAGAGGGCUUGGAAAACCAACAUGUCAGUCUUGUGGUUCUGCUUUCGUUCCGGGAGCUGAACUUGAUCAAAGAUGAGCGCUACAGUCUUCUCCAGCUGCUCCGUGUUUUCCAUCCAACAUUACAGACGGUCACAGCAGAGAAGCUCGCCAUCUGUAAAGUCGUGUUCAUCUUUGACGGCCUGGAUGAAAGCAGGUUUUUAUUGGAUUUACAGAACAAUGAGGUUGUGUCUGAUGUCACACAGACAUCAUCAGUAGACGUGCUGUUGACAAACCUCAUCAAGGGGAAUCUGCUUCCCUCGGCUCUCCUCUGGAUAACUUCCAGACCUGCGGCGGCCAAUCAGAUCCCUCCUACAUGUGUGGACAGGGUAACAGAAGUCCGAGGGUUCACUGACCUCCAGAAGGAGGAGUACUUCAGGAGGAGGUCCAGUGAUGAGGAACUGUCCAGCAGAAUCAUCUCACACAUCAAGGCGUCCAGGAGCCUCCACAUCAUGUGCCACAUCCCAGUCUUCUGCUGGAUCACUGCUACAGUUCUGGAGCACAUGUUGACUACAGACCAGAGAGGAGAGCUGCCCAAGAGCCUGACUGACAUGUACUCACACUUCCUGCUGGUUCAGACACAGAGGAAGAAGCACAAGUACCAUGAGAGACAUGACAGGAGUCAGCAGGAGCUGAUGGAGACUGACAGGGAAGUUCUUCUGAAGCUGGGCAGGCUGGCGUUUGAACAUCUGGAGAAAGGCAACCUGAUGUUCUACCAAGAAGACCUGGAGGAGUGUGGUCUUGAUGUCACAGAGGCCUCGGUGUACUCAGGAUUGUGCACAGAGAUCUUCAAAACCGAGUGUGUGCUCUUCCAGAGAAAAGUCUACUGCUUUGUUCAUCUGAGCAUUCAGGAGUUUCUCGCUGCAGUCUACAUCUUCCACUGCUACACCAACAGAGACAUGGAGACUCUGGAGAUAUUCCUAGGAAAAGACUGGGGUAGAUAUGGAUGCAGUGAUCAAUCCCUGGAUGCCUUGCUGAAGGCAACAAUGUUCAGAGCCUUGGACAGUAAAAAUGGCCACCUGGACCUCUUUGUCCGUUUCCUUCAUGGCCUCUCACUGGAGUCCAACCAGAGGCUCUUAGGAGGCCUGCUGGGUCAGACCGAGUGCAGACCAGAAGACAUCGAGAGAGCCAUCAACAACCUGAAGAAGAUGGACACUUUAAAUGUCUCUCCUGACAGAAGCAUCAACAUCUUCCACUGUUUGAUGGAGAUGAACGACCUCUCAGUACAUCAGGACAUCCAAGAGUUCCUGAAGUCAGAGAACAGAUCAGGGAAGGAACUCUCUGAGAUCCACUGCUCAGCUCUGGCCUACAUGCUGCAGAUGUCAGAGGAGGUUCUGGAUGUGUUGGACCUGAAGGCGUACAACACAUCAGAGGAGGGACGACAGAGACUGAUCCCAGCUGUGAGGAACUGCAGGAAGGCUCGACUGUCUGACUGUGGACUCUCAGAGACUUACUGUGAAAUCGUAGCCUCGGCUCUGAAGUCCAACCCCCAUCUGACAGAGCUGGACCUGAGUGAGAACCAGUUGCAGGAUUCAGGAGUGGAGCUGCUGUCUGCUGGACUGGAGAGUCCAAACUGCAGACUGGAGACUCUCAGACUAAGACACUGCAGGUUGUCAGAGAGCAGCUGGGCUUCUCUGGCCUUGGCUCUGGAGUCCAACCCCCAUCUGACAGAGCUGGACCUGAGUGAGAACCAGUUGAAGGAUUCAGCAGUGAAGCUGCUGUCUGAUCUGUGUGUGGUGUGCACUACGGAGCACACCACACGCUAA